AUGAGGACUCCUCAGAUCCUGUUCUACCUACUAGGGUUCAUCACAGUCAUCCAUGCGCUCGCGGUACCAACAUCACUAGAGUCGCUUUCUGAAGCAUCAAAAGAGCUAUUCAAGCGCAAGGGUGGCGGCGGCGGCGCGAAAGGUGGAAGUGGCAGCACAAGCAGCUCUGGCAGCUCGGGAAGUUCAGGGAGCACUAGCAGUGGAUCUGGCAGCCGUGGCUCAAGUUCAUCGACGAGCAGCGGUUCACGCGCGCCAACAUAUGGCGGUGGACAAUACUACGGUGGUGGCGCAAGGACACCCUACGGUGCUGGUACUCGCUCACCUGGUGGCAUCGCACCCUACUUCCUAGCUGGCUCGGCGUUGGCCUUCUUCCCAGGCAUCUGGCUCUACGGCGCGUACGCAUACCCCUACGCCCACCCAUACACCUACCACAACAACACGAACAACCAGAACGAGACGCAUCCUGUUCAGUGUCUCUGCGGGCAAUAUCAGCAGUGCGGGUGCGACGACAAUAACAGCACAGACUUCUUGGAUGGCGUGGCGAACAACAACUCCAUCGCCCGCGUGGCCAACGUGAACGGCACAGAUACCCUGGUCGUCAACGGCACGCUCGACAAUGCCACCGCAGACGCCACAGCCAGUGCUGCGGGUAGUUACAGGCAAGGACUGGCCGAGAUGAGCGGGUUUUGGCUGGUGAUUACUGGUGUGGUCUACACCAUCUGGCUCAUGUAA